UAAACGGUCUACAAAAGAGGAAAAGACCGCAUAGAACAAUAGACAUUAGAGUUCCAAAAGUUCGGUUUUUUUGACGUUUCAACAGCUGUUGAAGAAGCAUGGGAGACUCAGCUUGUCUCAUGCAACCGUUCUCCUACACUUCUGGAAUUCCUAAUGGAGCCAAUGAGGGAAACCCUAUUCAUGCUCUGGGGAAUUCAAUCUCAUUUGGGAGGUUCAUGUCAGAGCCCUUAGCUUGGGACAAAUGGUCUACCUUCUCUCACAACCGCUAUGUUGAAGAGGCGGAAAGGUACUCCCGGCCUGGCUCGGUAGCUCAGAAGAAAGCUUUCUUUGAAGCUCAUUACAAGAAAAUCGCUGCUCAAAAGGCUGCAGCCUUGCUUGAACAAGAAAUUGCUGCAUCAAAGAAUGAACCAGCUGAAGAAGGUGGAGUUAAUAAUGUUAGUACCCAUGAUUCGGAGAUGGCGAGUCCAAUUUCCAACGAGGUUGCUGACCAACAACAUGAGGUCAAGGCUCCAUAUGCUGGGGUGUAUUCCAAUGUCAAUGACAAUGUGUAUAGUUCAAACGUUGACGAGGAUAAAUUUGAAAGUAGAAUUGUGGAUAAAGCUGAUCUUGUACCUGAAAACAAAGUUAUUUUGACCAAUCACUUAGAAGUUGAACAAUCAAGCCACCUUUGGGAUGUUGAUAAUCAAAGGACAACUGGAACAGAUCUUGAAGGAACACACCAAAUGGAGAAACCUCUAUUGAAGAGUUCAAGCUCAAAUCAACAUUCUUUGUCAUCGAUGAGCAAGGAAAAACCAUCACUUUCUUCCUUAGAGUCAGUGAUUCAUGAUAGAGCAAUCAAGGUUCCACCUUCACCUGCCAAACACACGGCUCCUAUAUUUUCCAAAAAGGAUCAUAAUGCUACUCCCAUGAGUAUGAAGUCCUCAGUAUACUCCGCAGAUAAGAAGAGAUCAACUCCAAAAUCACAUCAUAAGUCAGCCACUUUCACUCCACUUAGAGAAAUUAAUAGGUUAUCUUCAAAAGUUAUCCGGAAGAUUGAAAGUUCAAAAGUUGGUGCUAGUUCUUCCAAGGCAUCUAAAGACUGCUCGACUCCUUUGAGGACCCCGACUUCGGUAUCUAAGAAUGAGGUACAAAGGCAUCCUUCAGCUACCCCUAGGUCAGAGGCCAGAAGGGCCACAACACCGCUUGAUCCCUCAGCCUCUAGAAGUAUCAAAGUAAGCCAAAAAUGGCCCUUGCUCCCUACUGAAACCAAAAUGCAGUCCCCAACCUUAUCCGCCUCUUUCAGCUUCAGGACGGAGGAAAGAGCUGCAAGAAGAAAGAAGAAGCUAGAAGACAAAUUCAAUGCUAAUGAUGCACAAAAAUUGCAGCUGCAGACAAAACUCAAGGAGAAAGCAGAAACAGAAAUUAGAAAACUGCGCCAAAGCCUUUGCUUCAAAGCCAGGCCACUGCCUAAUUUUUAUAAGGAAAGAAAAGAGCAACAGGAUGAGAUAAAGAAGGUUUCAUUGACACAUCUGCAGUCACCCAAGCUAGAAAGAAAGCCCACCCGCAUCAUGGUAGACAGCACAUCCCCUCUACCCCCUCAGAGGCCAAUCAAAAGAAAUGGCUCCAAGCAUGUUCAUGGAAGAAAGGAUUGUCGAACUCCAACUCAUUCAUUCACUCCACAACUGUAGUGGAUACUAACGAGAAUAUAAUGUUCAGAUUGAUGGCUGGAAACACAAAUGUUACAUAGAUCUAGAGAGCAGAAUGUCAUCGAACAAUGUUGAAUGUAAUUCAAUAGUACCAUCGCCACUUGAAGCUUGGAGAGAGUUUCACAUUUGUGCGAUAAUCCAGCAUAUCAAAAAGUAAAUGCCUGGGAUAUGGGACCUUCGAUUUAGA